CACAACCAAAGCUCAAAUCUCCACACUUCUCGGAGAAAAAUGAAGGCAUUGCACAGUGGAGUACCAACCCAACUAAACUUACCACUUUGCCACUCAACUCACCCUUCCCUAAAACCCCAAUCACCUACUCUUCUCCCACACUUCUCAUCUCUCCAAACCCCGAAGCUCAACUCAAACUCCCUUAAAAUAAUCCCCUGUUUCUCAUCUGGGUCUGCCACCAAAGCAUCAAUGUCAGCUUCUUCCACUCCCUCCUCCACAGAGACCAAACCCUUCUCUGUUCUCUUUGUCUGCUUGGGCAACAUCUGCAGAAGCCCAGCUGCUGAGGGAGUCUUCACGGACUUGGUCAAGAAGAGGGGUCUGGAUUCCAAGUUCAAGAUUGACUCUGCUGGAACCAUCAAUUACCAUGAGGGAAAUCAAGCUGAUCCGAGAAUGAGGGCAGCUUCUCAGAGACGUGGGAUUGUGAUUACUUCUUUGUCCAGGCCAAUCAAGGUGGCUGAUUUUCGAGAUUUCGAUGUCAUUCUUGCAAUGGACGAGCAAAACCGAGCUGAUAUUUUGGAGGCGUUUAAUAGGUGGAGAUUUAGAGAACCUCUACCUGAGGAUGCUUAUAAAAAGGUCAAGUUGAUGUGUUCUUAUUGCAAGAAACAUGAUGAAACUGAAGUGCCGGAUCCUUAUUAUGGUGGACCUCAAGGUUUUGAGAAGGUGUUAGAUUUACUUGAAGAUGCAUGUGAAUCAUUGUUGGACAGCAUAUUGGCUGAGAACAAGCAUAUUUUAGAUUCUCAGUGAUCCCUGCACAGGAUUUGGACCGAUAAGCAAAAUGUCCAUCAAUGCAUAAUGCUUGUUAGUAUUGAUGUAAAGCAGCUGGCUACUUGUUCGCCCGUGAAGUAGCAUUUUGUUCUGUAUGUGAUCAACAUUCUCAUAUGUAAGUAAUAAGUAGCAUCACUUUCCAUUCUUCCUAUAGUCACUGUUUCAUCAGUUUAUUGCAAAAGAUUUCCCAUAUUUAACUUGUUUAUUCUUAAUCCUAAAAUAUUGCCUCUA